CAAAGCCAAAACCUAAAAUCACACUCUCAUGCCUACUUUGCAGCCGCACGCCCGCGCCUAGUCAUCUGUGUCUCUCACUGUCCAUCACUUCGCCGUAUUCACUCUCUCUCUCUCUCUCUCUCUCUCACAGCCUUUUGGCGUUGUGCCCUUGAAGGAAUCUUUGCUGUCUCACCUCCUCCAAGCCAGUAACUCUAUUCUUCUCGCCGCCGCCCUAGAUCUCGCUGCAAGCGCAGCUGCUGCUUGGCUGCUCUGUCCUCUAUAGCAGAAUCGUAGAAUUGCAGUACGGCAUUAUUGGUGUUCAUUCUUGUGGGUUCUUGCUCAGUUGCUCGGUGGGCACCUACAUUGUCAUUGUCGAAGUUAACUGCUUUGCUUGCUACUUGCUUUCCCUUGCACUCAGCACUGAACCUUAAAAAAUUCAUAAGAGAAAUAUGUAUGGCUUGAUUACCUCCUCCGCUGCUACCACGUCCGCCACUUCCAACUCUCUGUCUUCUCGCAUUCCCUUUGCCCUACUUCGUCAAAGAAUCACCAACACCGCUUCGUGCUCUCAAUUGACUUCAAUUGUGUGCGUUCAAGUUAACGGUAACUCGUUGCGGUCAAGUUAUAGUGCUAUUAAAGCCAUGGCUGACUCUCAUACCCUUUCAGUGCCAAAGAAUGAGCCUCAAGCCUCUGCUUCUGUCAGCAGGCAAGCUCUGAUAUCUUUAUCGGACAAAAAGGACCUGGCUUUUCUUGGUAGCGGGCUACAAAAUUUAGGGUACACAAUUGUUUCAACAGGAGGAACAGCAUCUGCUUUAGAAAGUAUUGGGGUGUCUGUAACUAAAGUGGAGCAACUUACUCGUUUUCCUGAAAUGCUUGAUGGUCGUGUGAAAACUUUACAUCCCAACAUCCAUGGGGGUAUUCUUGCUAGAAGGGAUCAGAAGCAUCAUAUGGAAGCUCUUAAUAAACAUGAAAUUGGUGUUUUUGAUGUAGUAGUGGUGAACUUGUAUCCCUUUUACGAUAAAGUUACAUCAACUGGGGGAAUUGAGUUUGAGGAUGGAAUUGAGAACAUUGACAUUGGUGGCCCUGCAAUGAUCAGAGCUGCUGCAAAGAAUCACAAGGAUGUCUUGGUGGUUGUUGACUCUCAAGACUAUCCCGCACUGCUAGAUUUCCUUAAAGGAAACCAGGAUGAUCAGCAGUUCCGUAGAAAGCUUGCCUGGAAAGCUUUUCAACAUGUUGCUUCUUAUGAUUCUGCAGUUUCUGAGUGGCUUUGGAAACAAACUGUGGGAGAUAAAUUCCCUCCCAGUCUAACGGUGCCUCUCUCGCUUAAGAGUUCUCUUCGUUAUGGUGAAAAUCCUCACCAAAAGGCUGCAUUUUAUGUUGACAAGAGUAUUUCUGAGGUUAAUGCUGGUGGAAUUGCUACAGCUAUUCAACACCAUGGGAAGGAGAUGUCAUAUAACAACUACUUAGAUGCUGAUGCAGCUUGGAAUUGUGUAUCAGAAUUUAAGAACCCUACUUGUGUUAUUGUUAAGCACACAAAUCCUUGUGGGGUAGCUUCUCGUGAUGAUAUCCAUGAAGCAUAUAGGCUGGCUGUGAGAGCAGAUCCAGUGAGUGCAUUUGGUGGCAUUGUAGCCUUCAAUAUAGAGGUUGAUGAGGCUCUUGCUAAGGAAAUCAGGGAGUUUAGAAGCCCAACUGAUGGUGAAACUCGAAUGUUUUAUGAGAUUGUCGUUGCUCCUAAGUAUACAAAAAAGGGGCUUGAGAUUCUCAAGGGAAAAUCGAAGACACUAAGGAUCCUUGAGGCAAAAAAGAAUGAAAAAGGGAAGCUGUCUCUGAGACAAGUUGGUGGUGGAUGGUUAGCUCAGGAUUCAGAUGACUUGACCCCCCAAGAUAUUCAAUUCGGUGUCAUGUCUGAGAAGGCUCCACAAGAAAGUGAACUUUGUGAUGCAGAGUUUGCAUGGCUGUGUGUCAAGCAUAUAAAGAGCAAUGCCAUAGUAAUAGCUAAGAAUAACUGUAUGCUAGGCAUGGGAAGCGGGCAGCCAAACCGGCUGGAAAGUUUGAGAAUAGCCUUGAGGAAAUCAGGAGAUGAGGUCAAAGGAGCUGCUUUGGCCAGCGAUGCAUUCUUUCCAUUCGCUUGGAAUGAUGCAGUGGAAGAGGCAUGUGAGGCUGGGAUUGGUGUUAUUGCAGAGCCAGGUGGGAGCAUCAGGGAUAAGGAUGCCAUAGACUGCUGCAACAAGCAUGGGGUUUCAUUGCUUUUUACGAAUGUGAGACACUUUAGGCACUGAGAGAUUUCGGCAAUCUCUACAUUUUUGAGUUAUAAACCUUGCGCCUAGUGCCCUCGCGGCUCAGUUUCAUUGUGCAAUUUAUAAUGAUGUGCUGUAAGGGCUCCAGAUUUUCAAAUGCCCUUGUAAUCAAAUAAUGUUCCUUGAAACAAUGCUGCAAGUAAACUAUAAUGUCUGCACUUCGCAAGUUCUAAUUAA